AUGAAUUCAAUCAAGAAUUUCAUCAAGAAGCGUCGCCAGAGUUACCAGAAAAAGUCCAAGGCGGAAGGCUCUCCGGCACCAGCUCCGGCACCAGCACCCACACCAGCAAAUGGCGACACCAACACUGAGAAGCGUGCGGAAGCUCUAGCACAGGGCGAGCAGCAGCAGCAAGUUCUUGCCGAAGCUGCGCCGGGCACGUUGAGACUCGCACUUCAGAACAAGUCCAACUCUGGCAACGUCUACGCAUACAUCACCGGCCUAGCUCUCGAGAGGAACAACACUCCACUCUUCGUACAAGCUGAUGGUCAGAGUAUCUACUACCCUACCGCACCCAGCGACAUUCAGCAACCUCUCCAGGCCGAUGUUGCAAUCCCACUCGGCGCACCGGGUAACACUGUCAACGUCACCAUCCCCAAGAUUGCUGGAGGACGUAUCUGGUUCAGUAUCGACGCGAAGUUGACUUUCCUUCUCAACCCAGGACCUGCUGUCGUUGAGCCCAGUGUGACCAACCCGUCUGACCCAAACUACAACCUCAGUUGGACAUUCUGCGAAUUCACCUACAACGAUGCACAGCUUUUCGCAAACAUCUCCUACGUCGACUUCGUCAGCAUCCCGGUUGCAUUGUCACUCACCAAUGCCCAGGGCAACACGCAAACCGUCCCAGGAAUGGGUCCCGACGGCUUCAACACGCUCGUCAACGAGCUCCGCGCUCAAUCUCAACGCGAUGGUCGUCCAUGGAACCAGCUCAUCUACGAAGCGAACGGACGCCCACUUCGUAUACUGAGCCCCAACAAUCUUCUCGUAGGCAAUGGCGCAGCGUGGGACGGCUAUUGGGACGCGUACAUCAACGCCGUCUGGGACAAAUACCGCAACGAAGACAUCACCAUCAACACUCAAGCAGCUGCUGGCAACCUUACCGGUCGCGUGCAGGGCACUGAACUCCAGCUCGGCGAAGCAGGUUCUUUCAACGCACCUUCUGCCCGUGACAUUUUCACUUGCUCCACCGGUCCAUUUGCCACGGGAUCGAACCAGGCGCGCAACGCGGUUAUUCCACGUCUUGCUGCGGCUUUCAACCGCAGCAUCUUGCUCAACACGCCUGGCAACCAGUUCCCGAAUGGAAGUAAUCCUAGUCAGUACUACAAGGAUCUCGAGACGACGAACCAUUACUCGAGGCUUGUACAUUCAGUGCAGAAGGACGGAAGAGGCUAUGCGUUCCCAUACGAUGACGUCGUGCCGGAUGGUGGGCAAGAUGUUGCGGGUACGGUGUUCGAUGGCAAUCCGACGUUGUUCACGAUUGCUGUUGGGGGGCAGUAGAGCUUUGCCGAAGUUGCAGCAGGACGAAGAGGUGGUGGGUUUGUUUAUGUAUAUAGAGAUGGAAAGGUAGUUCUGGU